AAUCCUGGAAUUCCCCUACUUUCACUUUCAUUUUCAGAGGUUGCUGCAGAUAGACGCAUUUUGCCGGAAAACGAAUCUGACAUGCCACCUCGAGAUUUUAACCAAAGAAAGACAACUUGAUUUGCUUUGAUUUGAGGGGUCACUCACUGCUGAACGAAAAUUAGGGACAUCGAUAUGAGACGAAACGUUAACAUUGUCGCCUAUGGGAAAACAAUUAGUGGACUGUACCCAUAUUAUGCACUGAGUGACUGGGAUUGUUUUCCGAGAGGAGCACCGACAGCAGCCAGUGUUUUACAGAUAGCCAUAUCUACACCAUUGUUCGACCUUAAUAUGGCUGACAAGGCACGGGAUUUCGCAUUUCGUGAUGCACCAGAUUUUAAACCAUGUGCGCGGAGUCCGACAGACUUGUACCACCAACUCGUUAUUUUGCCACCACCACAAAGAGUUAAGCUCCACCUACAUGAGUCACCGCAACUUCCUGUGUAACACUUUAGAACCUUGUCAGCGAUUCUCGAGGUUGCUGCAGAUAGACGCAUUUUGCCGGAAAACGAAUCUGACAUGCCACCUCGAGAUUUUAACCAAAGAAAGACAACUUGAUUUGCUUUGAUUUGAGGGGUCACUCACUGCUGAACGAAAAUUAGGGACAUCGCUAUGAGACGAAACGUUAACAUUGUCGCCUAUGGGAAAACAAUUAGUGGACUGUACCCAACUUUGGUCGUAUUUAC